UUUAUCAUAAACCUUUUCUUUUGUCGUCUCGGACCCAACCCAACCCGUAACAUUAUCUCUCUCUUCUCUUCCUUUGUAGCUUUCACUUUCAUUUUUCUGGUUCCGAUUUAGGGCAUCCGAACUCGGUCUUUGACUCAGAACUAGCUCUGAUCUGCUCCUCAGAUCCUCGUUACACUUCCCUCACUCCUUCGCAACUCUGCACGCUUUUGUUCUUCCGCUUCUCCAGCUUCGAAUUUCGGUUCACGGAUGUUUCCAUGUUAGUUAUAUGGAGAAGUAACCUGGAUUUAUAGAGAAGCAUGUUUAGUUACAAGGGAUUAAAUGGUAGAAUCUGGAUGACUUUCAUGCUAGUUUGGAGAAGGGAACGGGAUUCUAAUGGGAGAACUUGUCAAAUGUUGUUAUUUGGUAACAAGGAAACACUUCUCAGAUUGUUCUGAGGACUUUGAGUACAAAGGCGGACCAUUUUCAGCAAGGGAUGAUUUUUGGGUUGACCUUUUGAAAUUCAUGCCAUGUCGGGGUUACUUAAUUCUUCUCUGAAUGGAUCUGCUUCAAAUCUUCCAGAUGGUGCUGGACGGUCUUUUGCUUCAUCAUUUUCUGGUCAGUCUGGUGCAGCCUCCCCAAUUUUUCAUCACACUGGAGGUAUUCAAGGAUUGCACAAUAUUCAUGGGAGCUUUAAUGUUCCCAACAUGCCCGGUACACUCACAUCAAGAAACUCAACUAUAAAUAAUGUACCAUCGGGGGGUGUUCAACAACCCACUGGAAGCCUUUCUAGUGGAAGAUUUACAUCCAACAAUCUCCCAGUUGCAUUGUCUCAGCUAUCUCAUGGAAGUUCCCUUGGACAUUCAGGAGUCACCAAUAGAGGAGGUAUAAGUGUUGUAGGAAACCCUGGAUUUAGUAGUAGCACAAAUGGAGUUGGUGGUUCUAUUCCUGGGAUUCUUCCUACAUCUGCUGCAGUUGGUAACCGAAAUGCUGUUCCAGGAUUGGGAGUAAACCCAAUUUUGGGAAAUGCAGGUCCUCGAAUCACAAGUUCUGUGGGAAACAUGGUUGGAGGAGGGAAUAUUGGAAGGACUGGUGGAGGAUUGUCUGUGCCUGGUCUCUCGUCUCGUCUAAAUUUGGGUGCAAACAGUGGAUCCGGUGGUUUAGGUAUGCAAGGACAGAAUCGAUUGAUGAGUGGUGUGCUUCCACAAGGGUCUCCGCAGGUAAUUUCAAUGCUAGGAAAUUCUUAUCCUAGUGGGGGUCCACUUUCCCAAAGCCAUGUUCAAGCAGUGAGUAACUUGAACUCUAUGGGUAUGUUGAAUGAUAUGAAUUCUAAUGACAGUUCACCUUUUGACAUCAAUGACUUCCCUCAACUGACAACUCGUCCUAGUUCUGCUGGAGGGCCUCAAGGACAGUUGGGUUCUUUACGAAAACAGGGUCUUGGUGUUAGUCCCAUUGUUCAACAAAACCAAGAGUUUAGCAUUCAAAAUGAAGAUUUCCCAGCUUUACCAGGAUUCAAAGGUGGUAAUGCAGAUUAUGCUAUGGAUAUGCACCAGAAAGAACAACUUCAUGACAAUACUGUGCCAAUGAUGCAAUCUCAGCAUUUCUCUAUGGGAAGGUCAGCUGGUUUCAGCUUAGGGGGUACAUAUUCAUCACAUCGAGCACAACAGCAACAGCAUGCUCCUUCAGUCAGUAGUGGCAAUGUCUCUUUUUCAUCUGUUAACAACCAGGAUAUUCUCCAUCUACAUGGAUCAGAUAUUUUCCCAUCUUCACAUUCGACCUAUCAUUCACAGACCAGUGGACCUCCUGGCAUUGGAUUAAGGCCGCUAAAUUCUCCAAAUACAGUUUCUGGUAUGGGUUCAUAUGACCAGCUCAUCCAGCAAUAUCAACAGCACCAAAAUCAGUCCCAGUUCCGCCUUCAAAUGUCAGCUGUAAAUCAGUCUUUUAGGGAUCAGGGCAUGAAGUCUAUUCAAACUGCACAACCAGCACCAGAUCCAUUUGGUUUGCUUGGCCUGUUAAGUGUGAUCAGGAUGAGUGAUCCUGACCUGACAUCUCUUGCUCUUGGAAUUGAUCUUACUACACUGGGGUUAAAUUUGAAUUCAUCAGAAAAUCUUCACAAGACCUUUGGGUCUCCAUGGACUGAUGAAUCAGCUAAGGGAGAUCCAGAGUUUACAGUGCCACAAUGUUAUUUUGCCAAACAGCCACCUGCUCUACAUCAAGGUUAUUUUUCCAAGUUUUCGGUGGAAACAUUGUUUUACAUAUUUUAUAGCAUGCCCAAAGAUGAAGCCCAAUUAUAUGCCGCCAGUGAGCUUUACAACAGAGGUUGGUUUUAUCACAAAGAACAUCGUUUAUGGUUAAUAAGAGUUCCCAACAUGGAGCCGCUGGUUAAAACAAACACAUAUGAGAGAGGAUCUUAUCACUGUUUCGAUCCAAGCAUAUUUGAAACCGUCCGCAAGGAUAAUUUUGUUCUACAUUAUGAAAUGUUGGAAAAGAGACCACAUCUGCCUCAACUUUGAGGAGGAAACAAAAACCUUUUUACUGUAAAGUUUCGAUUAGGGAUUUAAUGCCUUGGAGUCAUUUUGCAGUAUUAGUAUUCUUCAAUUUGGCGUUUCUUCCUAUCUGGUCGCUUUAGUGAUCCAAGCUAGUAUUUUAUUUUUCCUUGCCUUAAUAUAUACAAUAAUUAGGAUACAUAGGAUAACCUAGCUGUCUGACAAACAUGGUUUUCUGCCCAUUAGCUAAUGCACAGGAAAAACACCUGGAUCGAAAAUGGAUGUACUUUCCGAAAUAAUUUUAUCUUAAUCUGAAUGUUAGGAUCAGAGAUCUAAAAUUGAA